CUCCUCCAGAACCCUCUGCCGACUCCCCUCCGCCAUAUUUCUUCUCUCUACCUCCCCCCUCUCCUCAUUCUAGCUCUCCCUUCUCUUACUUUCUUCUCUCCAGAUUUUCACUCCAGAUCACUCCAAAGGAGCCAAUCGUUACGCCUUCAAGCCACUCUCCUCCUAGGCAUUGUAUCCACAUCUACUGCACUGCACUCGCACGCGCGACUAGCACCUAAUCACAUCCAAGUAAUUGAGUCACAUCUUGACACUCCCACCUAGGGAGUAUUCAUUCAAAGUGAUCUUGAAUCAUCCUCAUCAUCAUUCCUAUUAUACCAACCGUACAUCAGCACAAUGGCGGUUACCACCAUCGAUAUCAUCCCUAAGACCUCUUCCUCUCCGCUGUCCUCCAACAACCCCUCCAUGAAUAAGCGCUGGCCUCCUCUUGCCGACAAGACCUCCCUCCCCUACAAGCUCACCACCCUGUCACGUCAGAAAUUGGCCCGCGAGGCCACUGCUCCCGACCCGGACAUCCGUCGCUGCCUCGGCCACUUCCGCCUGCACUGCCGGUCCAUGGAAUGGGCGCAGAAGGACAUGUCGACGCGCAUCAACUCGUUCGAGAUGGAGGACGACGAGUCCGAGGAUGAGGAGGACCGGGACGACGAGAACAAGAAGCUUCCCGACGACCGCAAGGACGAAGACCAGACCACGAUCAAGCCGGUCUCCACUGAGGCCGCCGACAAGGCUACCUCCGAACUGGAGACCACCACAGUCCACGUGAGCUUCCACGUCUCGGCGCCCCCGGCCGCCGAUAAGGAGAAGGAGAAGGAAGGCCUUCUCGAGAAAGGUCGCAACUGCUUGGAGAAGACAGUGCAAAGGAAACACUUCUGGCCUUCGCCGGGUCAGUGUCUGCCUGUUCGGAUUGCAGGUUGAUUUUUUUCGCCGCUAUCAACCACUCAACUCAUCUCUCAACUCACCCCUUACCUCGACAUCCUGUCUUCAACACAACUCACCUCUUCUCUUACCACUCACAUCUUGAAUCCGAUCAAAACCCCCCGAAAACGCUCCACAAAGCCACCUCAACCCACCACCUCUAUAAUCUUUAAUUACGACGCCACGAAGCCACGAUUUUCAUUAUUUUCGUUUCAACCUGUUACCACCACCAUCUAUUCAUCUAUACAUAUAACCAGCGGAGUUCGAAUUUCGAUCAUCAUUUUUCAUUCUUGAACCAUGGACGGGUUCCAUUACUAGCUUGGCGUUGGUGUGCAGAGCUAUUUACAUGAUCAACGGUGUUAAUUGCAAGAAAGGAUCGGAGCACAGCGAACUGGGAUGCGGCCAGACAUCACAGAGCAUUGGAUAUGGAUUGGGCAUGUAUUUUUUUU